UCGCACGCCCGAUGCCCUGCUCCCUGUGGAGGCGCUCCGUGCAGUCCUCCCUCGCCCUCUGCCGCUUCGACUCCAUCCCCAUCUCCCCUGGCCUUCCUCUCCUCCAUCGCCGGCACUGGGCCCUGCCGUGUGAGUCCCUCCUCUCCGACAGCGAGUCCUCGUCCGCCCCCGAAGACUGCUGCUCCCACCACUACCACGACCCGAGAACCACCGAGAGGAUCAGCUACCGACCGUGCAGGCUCGCCGCCUCCCGACGAAGGUACUCCUUGUCAAGACAAUGGUUCUGCAAGGCCGAUAUGAUCAAGAGGAUGCGGGCCAACCUCUCGCACCGGGGCUGGAUUCUGGGCUCCCCGAAUUCGCUCGAAGUCGAGCUGUGCGAGCGCAAUGUGGUCGCCCUGCUGAACGAUCUGUUCGAGGGCAGCUCCGACGCGGCGCUGGCUUUCUACUUCUUUAGGCUGUCGCAAUGGUACAACGGUUCGAAGCACGGCGUCCGUGCGGUUUCCACUAUGGUGCACAUAGCGGUCACCGGGAAUAUGAACCACAUCGCAGUGAAGCUUCUCCGAAGUAUUGCUAGGAAUGUUGACGAGCACAGCGACGGAGUACAGCAUCAGCUGGUGUUUGAUGUACUGAGAGAAACUUACAGUAGUAGGAGAGUUUUGGAAACUGUAUAUAGCAUGCUCGUUAUGUGUUACGUGGAUAAAGGAAUGGUCAAGAUGGCUAUUAGGUUGGUGGAUGAUAUGAGGAACCUUGGCAUGUACCCGACCAUCCGUGUCUACAAUUCUCUGAUCAAGCUUCUGCUGGAAUCCAAGCAGUACGAAGUUGCAUGGCAAUUAUAUGUGGAAAUGCCUAGUAGCUCGUUUGGCUCUAACCAGUGGAUCGUAAGGAUCGUGAGCUUAUUUAUCCGGGAGCUCGGUGCUCAUGGUGACUUCGACUGUGCUUGUAAAUUGCUCUUUGAGAUUCAGAAAUACGGUGGCCAAGCCGAUGUUGUUGUGUAUACAACGAUGAUAAAUGCCUUGUGCAAAUGGGGGCUCCUCAAAGAGGCAACUGCUCUAUUAUAUAAAAUGUUGCAGUUGGGCAUCUCUCAUGAUGAUGUUUUGGUUUCUUCAGUUGUCGAUGGCUACUGCAAAGCUGGUAGGUUGGUGGAUGCCGCACAUCUUUUGAACUCUCUAAGCGGCAUUCCUGAUGUUUUCGUGUAUAACAGCUUCAUAUUGAUGUUAUGUAAAAAUGGCAAUAUGGUAGAAGCUUACAAGCUGUUCAAAGAGAUGUUUGAGGUGGGGUUGGAUCCUGACUCCUUCAAUUACACAGCUAUUAUUGAUGGUUACUGUAGAGCAUGUGAGCUAGAUCAGGCUUUGAAGACAUUUGCUCUAAUGCUGAAAAGAGGGGUUGAACCAACUGUUAUGACAUAUACAGCGUUGAUAGAAAGUUACUGUGACAGAAAUGAUCUUUGUGGUGCAGAGUACAUGCUUUCUGUGAUGAAAAUGGAGGGUGUGCAACCAGAUGUUGUCACUUAUAAUACAUUGAUCAAUGGUUACAGCAAGAAGGGUCACAUGCAUAGGGCAUAUGAGUUGAAGGAUGUCAUGGAAAAGGAUGGUGUAUCCACAGAUGUGGUGACAUAUAAUAUUCUCAUGCAUGGACUCAUCAAGAGAGGCUAUGUCAAGGAAUCAAGAGAAGUCUUUAAUGAACUUGUUAGAAGGGGGUUUUCUCCUGACAGAAUCACAUUUACCAAUAUAAUUGACAGUUAUUCUCAAAAUGGAAAUAUGGAAGAAGCAUUUCUCAUAUGGUGUAGCAUGAGCAAUAAUGGAAUAACACCUGAUGUUGUCACUUGUAGUGCUCUCCUUAAUUGUUUCUGCAAAAGGCAGCGCAUGCAAGAUGCAAGUGUUUUAUUUCACAAGAUGUUGGAUGCUGGAUUGGAGCCUGACCUAAUAUUGUACAACACUCUCAUAUGUGGAUUCUGUAAAGAAGGGAAUAUUAGUGAAGCUUGCCGUUUUAUGUUCAUGAUGAAUGAAAAUGGUAUUUUUCCUAAUAAUCUUACAUAUGAGGCUCUGGUUUGCUGCUUUGAGAAAAUUGGAGUGAAAAAUGCGGCUGAAAAUGCUGCCAUGAAGAUGCAGGAAAUUUUCUUUGAAAAAUAUAAUGAUUGAUUCUUGAUGAAUUUUAGAUGUGCUUUGAUGUCAUUAUAUUGAUUGGUGGAGCUUUAAAACAAUUGUUUCACCUGCCAUCUUCAAACUACCAUGAGGGUGAAGUUCCUUAGAGAAGCUUUGGUGGACAAGUCUCUCUAUUCAAGCCAGUAAGGUUGUCAGCCAAACAAAAAGACUAAAGCUGCAUGGAGUAUACUUCCAUAGUGUGGUAGAUUCCUCCCUGAGCAAAGAUCGAAGACAUCUUGAUUUGCUACCUCAGUCACGAUUUCCUUUGAUUCUUCGUUGAUCCACUUUAAAUUCAAAUAGAGGAGCUUUUACAUUUAGUGAUUAAUUGUCAAGGCUGUCCAUGGCCGAGCUUCCACCAAGACAUUGAGAAGAUAUGUGAGGAGGAUACUGAGUUCAGUGUUCUGCAGAAUGAUACCUGUGACAGAAUACUCUUCUACAGUGCAUCGUGCUUGAGACUUCUUGGUAGCUUUUAAUGUAGUCAACAGCAGUUCCCUCAACCUGAGAUGGAAGAGCUUGGUUACGAUGGAUACUGCAACAGUAUGGAUUAUUACGGACAUUACCUGCUCAAGGAUGAUCAGAGAAGGGCAGUUUCGAGGGUGAGGGAGCUGUUGAGAAGAAUUGAGGUGGUGAAGUCACACAAAGGAGGAAAAUAAGGCACAGAAGUGCAACUCUGCAACCUACAUUGUGAACGUGGUAUGCUGUACCAUGACUUGAUCUCCCUUGUAAAGACAUAAAUUCAUGUUUGACUUCCUUUACAAUCUUAUUUUUAUGAACCAUUAUAAUGCGUGGACACAUUAAUAUGAAAUGUUUCUUCCAUGCAUCUGUGAAUACAAAAAUACUCAGAAUAUGAGAAUCAUUACCAGUUUUUGGGUUCCUAGAUAUUUACAGGGUCUUAUCUGAUUCUUCUGGUUACUAGGGUGAUUUGUGAUGUUACAAGCACCAGCAUGCUUAGCACAGAUAUUUAUUGAGCUUGAACAGUAGCUUCAUUUCUUGAACAAAAAGUCAAUCAAUUCCAGCAUGGAAGAAAUGAAUCAUGCCAUAUGCCUUCCCUCUUUGUGCCACAAGGAGAAAUGAUGACUGCUGAUGGAGUUCCAAAGGUCAAGGAAUCUUGUGAUGACAUGGCAGAGUGAAAGAUCAAGUUUGGCUUAUCGAACUAGUUAGUGCUUCAAACAGAAUCCACAUUUUAUUAGCAGUAUUUGGACGUUGGAGAAUAAAUUUUUACAGAACCCAAAUCUGAUGAAUUGAGAACUAGAAUUACGUAUUCAAAAGCUGAGUUAACAAAUAAGGUGAUGCAAUUAUUGCGGCUCCCAAAUUGAAAAUUGGAGAUCAAGAUGUGGUUUCAUGUUUUGUCAUAAGGGAGCAGAAGAUGCAAGAGUCACCUGCCAGAAAAGAAGAGGACAACAUUGGCAUUCAGGUGGAGGGAUUGAUCAAAAGACUAUAUAUUUGAGAGACAUGAUUAUAUGAUAAACAAAAACAAUAUUGGCAUUCAGGUGGAGGGAUUGAUCAAAAGACAAUAUAUAUUUGAGAGACAUGAUUAUAUGAUAAACAAAAACAAUAGUGACUAAAAGCAUGAAAAGAUCUUAUCAUCUGCAGAAGAUGCAAAAGUCACCUGCCAGAAAAGAAGAGGACAACAUUGGCAUUCAGGUGGAGGGAUUGAUCAAAAGACUAUAUAUUUGAGAGACAUGAUUAUAUGAUAAACAAAAACAAUAGUGACUAAAAGCAUGAAAAGAUCUUAUGACAGUUAAUGUACCUCAUGCAUGGAUCACUUACAUAUACAUUGUUGAGAAUGUAGCUUUCCAUCCGACAGAAGAUCUGAAAUAGUCUUUGCAAGCUGUGCUGCUCCAUGUUGAGGAAUUAGAACAUCAGGAUUACACCAAACAGCACAUGGGUCCCCAUGGCUUCCACCUAAACACCAACCUCCAGGAACUAUCCUACCAGGACCCAGGCUCAAGUUUCCUUAUCAAUGUGGUCAAGAACAGGAUCAUUCUUAGAGAACCUAGUACCAAAUGCUGCACCACUUAAAGUAAUGUUUUUAAGGUUAUCAGCAGAUGGGUUCCUUCUUUGGAGGUGCACCCCAUAUCAUACAGUGUAGGUGAUGAUUGACAAUAGUCCUAUUGAAUGCAGGCGAGUUACCAAGGACAGUUUGGAAAUAGUUUGUGUAUGAUGACAGUGUAUUUGCAUAGUCCAUCAUAAAAGUUCUUGGCAAAUUGUUGGUACCCAAUAUGCAGUACUCUGUAAAUUUCCAACUGAGGAUAACAGAAGCAGAACCUGCAUCAGAAUGCAUAAUCCAUCUGGGUUUAUAUUAUUCCCUCUUGUUUUUCAUUCUUUUGACCUGGUGGUAUCAUCUAUUGGAAUACUGUCAAUCAGGGGUACACGUGAUCCUGGACUUAUUGACCCUAUUGAGGAUCCAAUGGUUAUCCUUCAAAAAGGCUAUUCUGUCUUGAUUAUUUUGGCUGUUUUGACAUUUGGUGUGUCUACUUCAUGGCUUCUUUACACCGAACAGACACCUUCUGCAUAGCUAAACUUUGCCUCAUGGAUUGGUAGGAACAGUUACCGCAUAUGCUUUUGUUUGGAUCACAAAAUAUUACACUGAUUCCAAGCAUGAGGCUGUUCGUGUGUUAGCACAUUCUAGUGCUAUGGGUCAUGGAACUAAUAUAAUUGCCAGUGUUAGCUUGGACUAUAAUCAACAGCUCUUCCUGUACUGGUGAUAAGCAUAGCUAUUAUCACAGCAUUUUGGCUGGGACAUACAUCAGGUUUAGUAGAUGACACUGGAAAUCCAACUGGUGGUUUAUUUGGCAUAGCUGUAGGAACAAUGGGAAUGCUUAGCACUGAUGCAUAUGUUCUCACCAUGGAUAUGUUUGGUCCUGUAGCUGAUAAUGCUGGUGGUGGAAUUAUGGAGAUGAGUCAGCAGGUACAUAUCAUUGAUGAGUAUUUUUAUAUGGUUGAUUUAACAUGUGUGAGUGCUUUCUUUUUCAUGUGCUUUUGUGAAAUCAACUUCUAUCAGCUCCUUUGAAACUAUGAGAGAGAUGAGAGGUCGUACUGACAUUAAAGCAUUAAAUUGGUCACUUUUUAUCUAAUAUGAUGCAGCAGUAACUUUUUUGCUUGCAUCCUGAAAGUGUUUGGGAGAUCACAGAUGUUUUAGAUGUUGUACGUAACACUACCAAAGCUAUUACUAAAGGAUUUGCUAUUGGUUCUGCCGCACUUGCCACCUUCCUUCUUUCCAGUGCAAUCAUAUCCCUUUUAAACAGUGCCUUUGCCUGCUCUGCUGUUGGAAGAACUGCACAAGAGGUUAAUAAUGAAGUUCGUAGACAAUUUAUUGAGAGGCCUGGUAUAAUGGACUCCAGAGAAAGCCAGACUACAUUUGCCAUUGUGGCAUCUGCAUCAUU